AGCUACGACAAAGACCUAAAUAUUUGCAGAAGGAGCGGUUGGCAAAUUCGUCCAUCUAGAAGGUCCAAUUCGGUGGUCAAAAAUCGGUGCGGAAAUGGAAUCCAACUCAUCCCACCAACAACACCAACUCAUCCCACCAACUCUCCCAUUUCGUUUUGUCUACUCUUUUCCCCAUUAUUUUACAAUUUUUUUGUGUUGUAUGAAGGCUAUAAAUAGGCCUUCACUUCUCCAUUGCAAGAUGUCCCAAAACACCUUCAAAUAAGUUACUCUUGGGUGUUCUUCUACCUCCCUUUCUUCUUCUUCUUCUCAAUUUCUUCUUAGUCUUUCUUGUUAUUUAAUGUUAUAAUGUCUUUUAAUUUUAUGGAUAGCUAAGUUUCUAAUUCAGCUUGUGGUAAUAAGUUCUAAUGGAUUUUGAGGUUUGAAGAAAAUUUUGUGUAUCCUCAACUCUUAAUAAUUGAAUUUAUCUUUAUCUUUCUAUCUUGUUUAUGCUUAUAUAAUUGAAUUUGAAUUGAUCACUUAAAUUCAUUACAUAAGACGUUCUCAUUAACUCCUUGAACUAAGACCUAUGUGAUGCUUACUUACAUUGGACUUAAGAAGGAAUGCAAGACCAAGAAUUAUGUGACGCUUGUUUACAUUAAUUUUGAGAAAGACAAAGGAAUAUUCAUGGACUUAAUUGAUUGACUCAUUAAUUGUUUGCCGAUUCAAGGACUUAGAGUUUAACUAGGGAUUAAAUGUGAAUGAAUAAUUCUAACCUUGUUAACUCGAAUCAUGUUUGCUUAAACAUUUGAAGAAUCUCCUAAAUUAAUUGACGCUUGAUUGGUUAACUUUGGGACAAGCAAGAAUUGAUUAAUUAAGUUCUCCAAUGGAUGGCUUGUUGGAUUCUUGGACUUAGAGACCAAAUAGGGAUUAAAAUUGGACGCUUGAUCCUAACCUAAUGGACUCAAAUAAUGUUCGCUUGAACUUUGGAAAGAAUCUAUUUAAGUUUUGUUGGUGCUUAACUAAUUGAACUUAAAUGCAAGAAUUUAAUUAUUAUUUGAGAUUGAGAUUUUGAACCAAGGAUAAAUCCAAAGAACGAAAAUCCACAAGUUGAAGUUUUUAUCAUCUAAGUUUAUUAUUCAACUUCUUGUUCUAAAAAUUAUAUCAAACUCCAAACCCCCCCCUUUUUUUCCAAAAUUUUGUUAAUACUGCUAAUAUAAUAAAAAGAAUUUCCUUUGAUCCUCGAGAGACGACUUUGGGGCACUACUGUGCUACAAGUUUAAACUCAUUUUACAUUUGUGUUUGAUAGAGGCUUCGACAACCUCUCGUCAAAUUGGCGCCGUUGCCGGGGAUUAAAGGUGUCAUUUUGUUAUAUUAGAUAUCUUUCAUUUUAUUUUAUUUUCAUUUUCUCUUUGUAUUUUUGUAUAGUGUAUGACAAGAUCUUCUACUAGUCCUUUACUUGAUUUGGAUCCUGAAAUUGAAAGAACACUAAGGAUAACUAGAAGAAGACUUUUUAGAAAUACUUCUAAUAAUCAAAACAAUAACAUGGCUGAUAAUAGGACACUAAAACAAUUGGCUGCACCUGAUGUUUCAAAUCCACCUUUAUGCAUUCAAUUUUCUGCUAAUGAGGAUGACUGUGAACUAAAAUCAAGUUUAGUUCAUUUGUUACCCAAAUUUCAUGGACUUUCAGGUGAAGAUCCCCACAAGCACUUGAAAGAGUUUCAUGUUGUAUGUUCAACCAUGAAACCCGCUGGUAGCAAUGAAGAAAGCAUAAAGUUGAAAGCAUUCCAGUUUUCACUAGUUGAUGCAGCCAAGGAGUGGUUGUAUUAUCUCCCUCCUAAAAGAGUCACAUGGGAUGAAAUGAAGAGACUGUUUCUAGAAAAAUACUUUCCUGCUUCUAGAACUGCAGCCAUAAGAAAGAGCAUAUGUGGCAUCAAGCAAAUGAAUGAUGAAACACUACAUGACUAUUGGGAGAGAUUCAAGAGGCUAUGUGCAAGUUGUCCACAACAUCAAAUCAGUGAGCAACUUCUAAUUCAAUACUUUUAUGAAGGUCUCCUACCAAUGGAUAGAAGCAUGAUCGAUGCUGCUAGUGGUGGUGCUCUAAUGGAUAAAACUCCUGCUGCUGCCAAAGACUUGAUUGCAAAUAUGGCAGCCAACACACAACAAUUUGGUGCAACAAGAGGAACUAGUUCAAGGUCAGUAAAUGAGGUACAAUUAUCUAGUACUGAACAUCAAAGACUAGAGAAUAGAUUAGAUGAAUUGACCUCUUUGGUGCGAGGAUUGGCCAUGAUGAAACAAGCGCCUGCUAAACUCUGUGGCAUUUGUGCUUGUCCCUCUCAUCCAACUGAUGCAUGCCCUCAGCUACAAGAAGAUAAUCCUGAAGAAGUAGCUGCUGUAAAUAACUUCCCAAAUUCCUCACAACCAAGAAAUGACCAAGCCAGAAAUAACUUCAAUCCCAGAUACAAUGAUCAUCCUGGUUUCAGAUGGAGCAACAACAACACAUCACAACAACAACCAUUUCCAAAUAGGCAACCUUUCCAACAAGCUCCAAGGCAGUCAAUGCAACAACCACAACAACAACAAAAUAACCCUUCCUUGGAGGACCUUGUAAAACAAAUGGCUAUGCAAAACUUGCAAUUCCAACAAAGAACUGAUGCUAGCAUUCAAAACUUGGAAAAGCAAGUAGGACAAAUGGCAUCUUCCAUAAGCCAACUUCAAGCACAAGGAUCAAGUAAGUUGCCUUCUCAAACUAUUCCUAAUCCUACAGGAAAUGUUAGUGCCAUCACACUUAGAUCUGGAAAGACUGUGGAAGUUAAAAAUGAUGUGAAACCUGCCACUGCAUCUGAGAAAUCUGAAAACAAGGAGAAGCAAUCUUUCCAGUCAAAGGAUGAAGAGCCAAGCAUUCCACUACCCUUUCCACAAAGAGUUUUACAAACUAGGAAAGCUGAAGCUGAAAAAGAUAAAGAAUUGCUUGAGACUUUCAGAAAGGUAGAAGUAAACAUUCCUCUGCUAGAUGCAAUCAAACAAAUCCCUAGAUAUGCCAAAUUCUUGAAGGAAAUGUGCACCCAUAAAAGAAGGCUGAAAGGGAAUGAAAAAAUAAGUCUGGGAGAGAAUGUUUCUGCUAUCAUUCAACCAAUGCCUCAGAAAUGCAAGGAUCCAGGUACGUUCACUAUCCCUUGUACAAUAGGUAAUUGCAUAUUUGAAAAUGCCAUGUUAGACUUAGGUGCAUCUAUCAAUGUCAUGCCUAUGUCUAUCUUUAAAUCUUUGGGGCUUGGUCCUUUAAUUCCAACUGGUGUGGUGAUUCAACUUGCAAAUAGAAGUAGUACUUACCCUUCAGGAUUAAUUGAAGAUGUCUUAGUUAGAGUAGGAGAACUAAUUUUUCCUGCUGACUUUUAUAUCCUAGAGAUGGAGGGUGAAACUACAACUAAGGUACCAAUCAUUUUAGGUAGACCUUUUCUUAAAACUGCAAAAACAAAAAUAGAUGUGCAUGCUGGAACUCUUUCCUUAGAGUUUGGUGAUAAUAUAGUCAAGUUCAACAUUCUAGAUGCCAUGAAACACCCUAGGGAAGAACACUCUGUAUUUCACAUUGAUUUGUUGGAUGACUUGGUUGAUUGUUAUGCACAUGACCAUUUAUGCAUUGAAUUUCCUGACAUACAUGAUCUUGAUGAUACCAUAAAUUGUCAUUCAUGCAUAAACAAUAAAUCAGAAUGUGCUGCUUGUACUGAAAUAGAAAAUUUUUAA